UGUUAAUAACUCGUGUAAUUUCACAGGUAUCCACGAACAAUGACGGAACGGUAAGUUAUUCAAUAUCAGCACUAAAAAAAAAACGAUUUUUGUAAUUUUUUCUACCAUAUCUUGAGCAUGUGAAAUUGAUUGCAGGAUUUUCAAUUCAUGACCGUUUACAAAGUAUGUCGUUCGACGGAUAAAGAGGUGGGCACAUUGUACACAAUUCAUGAAAUCGUAUCGCCAGAUUUAAUGAUGUUGCAGUACAGGCAGUGGUAUGAACCAGAGCCUUCGAAAGCAUUCAAAUCCAAUUUAGAUGGAUGUGUCGGUUGUCUAGGCACGUAUUACCGAGAAAACAAACUCUUCGUUUACCAAUUCGUCAGUAUGUUCGAUAUGCCAACCAGGAUUUUGCAGCUUACAACACACUUCCCUUUCAAUUUCAUUCCGGUUAAAGACAGAGAAAUAUUCAUGGGAUUGCUCCGAGUUGACCAAUUCAUUCGACUUUUUAGCAGAAAAACAAACCAACCCCUAAAAUUAUACUCAGGCAGAUACCAAACAACAGUAAAAAUCCGCCCAAGCGGACUCUGCAAGUCACUCAGCUGCAGCAAGAAUAUACCAAUCGAAUUAUUCUGGAAAAUCAUAGUCUACAACGAAAAACUCGCCAUCAUGUUGAUAACCCAACUCACACAACAGAGUUGUACCCAAACAAAAUUCAUUUUAUGUUAUGAUAAAAACACUAUCGUCAUGUUGGAGACUUACAAAAAUGGCGGUUGUACCUACAAAUGUCCUGUGGCCUCAAGAUUGAUUUAUGACUUGGGUUUACCUACAUCAGAAUUUUUUGAGCUCAAUGGAGACUUAUCUUUGGAUUUCAAGGUGACGGAAGAACAGCUGAAGUAUCUUCGAAAAUUAACAGGAGGCCCAUCUGAUGCGAAUACGAGUUCUAUAGUUUCUCACGAAGUUGGUAUAGCUGAUUUCAUGGGAGAUGCUCAAAAAUUUGAAGCUGCUGUGAGGGCUGUUGAUGCUCAAUUUGAGCAGAAUGUGCAAAAUUAUCAUAAUGGAGAUGAUCAAGGGCUUGACAUCAUUCAUGAGGAUGAUAUCAGCAAUGGGACUGAGGCUGAGGAUAAUGCUACUAGUAGAUAGAAACUUGUUGGGAAGGGAAAUGAGUAGCCUAAGUUUAUUUACAUUGUAACAUUGCAUUUUUUUUCUUUUUAAAUCACAUGUAGUUUAUUUUUGCCGUGUUAGAGGCUGCAAUCGCCAGAGCAUUAUUUAACUGAAAGAUACUCCACUAUCUUGUAAAAACCAAAUCGUAUACCUUUGUCUAAUCUUUGAUAAAAAAAUAAACUGGAAAAAUUAUU